AUGGUGGUCGUGUUGCUGCUCACCUCUUUGCUACUGAACAGCUAUGUGGGGUUUUUGAGAGGAGUGGACGCUCAGAGCUCGUUCACCAUCCGCUCCGUGUCUCUGACCUUGGAGCCUCGUGAGGACGUGGCCCGCGACACCAACGUCACGGUGCGGUGUCACGCCAAGGUCAGCAGCUCCGGGAUCCAGCCUCUGAGUCGAGAAUACACCAUUUACAAAGACGGCAUCACGGUCUACUCCAAAACCACCAGCAGCACAGAGGACCUGCUCUACGCCCUGUCCCACGCCCGGGUCUCGCACACGGGGAAGUACAAGUGCAAGAUCAGCAUCGAGGACAAGAGCGCCAUCAGUGAGGCCCGCAGGCUCACCGUCACUGGCCUGUCCACUCCGGUCCUGCGUGUGGAGCAGACCAUGCUGAAUGAAGGGGAGGAGCUCACGGCCAGCUGCUCUGCUCCUGGAGAAACCGGCUCCAUUAUUUUCUACUUUUAUGAGGAUCUGAAGGAGAAACGUGACGAGCGGGUGAACUCCGAGCAGGUGGACGUGACCUUCCCCCUGAGCGGCCCGGGACACCACACCAUCGACUGCUCCUACACGGUCCUCAUCCCUCCUGACUCCAUCGCCUCGGAGAAGAGCAGCUCUGUGCACGUGUCAGUCAGAGAGUUGUCCAUCUCGCCCGUCCUGCACAUCUUCCCUCAGUACAAAGUGUUUGAAGGGGACCAGCUGACCAUAGCGUGCAGCGUGAAAGGCGUGUACACGUUUUUUGACUCAGUGCACGUGUAUCUGAGUCAGGGCACGCAGCUGCUGAAGAGCGGACACACAGAAGUCAACCACACCAUGAAGGUCACCGCCAAAGACUCGGCCGAGUUCGAGUGUCGCUUGGAGACGGGGAAUGUGGUGAAGGCCAUGACUAAAGUCGUCCCUGUCACCGAACUGUUUUCAGUGCCGACUCUGGCCAUGUCUCCAGCUGAGGUUUUCCAAAAGGAGCUCUUUAAACUGAUUUGUAAAAGUGAGGAGUUUGCGUCGGAGCGUUUGUCCAGAGAGGACCUGACGUACUCCAUAGAGCCGUCUCAGAUCCACCUGCAGGAGCGUAGCAGCGGAGAGUUCUCUGGGAAAUCUCUGAGUGUGGACUUCAACUACAGCUGCAUCGCCAAGGCCAAAGGCAUCGAGAAGCACAGCAGGAUACUCACCGUUCGCCCAAAAGUCUCAGUCUCCAUUCCAAAGAUCUCAGUGGUGGAUCGGGCAAUUGUCGACAAGCCCUUUAAGAUUCGCUGUAAGUCGGACAACGGCAGCCUGCCCAUCAACUACACCCUGCUGGAGGACUACGCCCCUGUUUCCACGGUGACUGUGAGGCUCCCAUCUGAGGACGCUGUGUUCAACGUGACGGUGCACAACCCCAAAGACGUCCAAAAGUUCAUCUGCGAGGCCUCGAACAGCCGCAGAGAAGGCCUGCUCAGCCUCAAACUGAACGCCACCGUCAUAGAGCCGGUGUCUCAGCCGCUGCUGACGCUGAUCCCUCCUCUGCCUGAGAUCUCAGAGGGCUCGAGCCUCCUCUUCAUCUGCAGCAUCAGAGGCACGCCUCCCAUCACCUUCAAAGUCUAUCGCCUUGGCUACGACCUGCCCCUGUUCACCAAAACUUCUGCCGAAAACAACACUAGCUUUGAGAUCGACGAGGUUGUCAAGGAUCACAGCGGGAUGUACUACUUUGAGGCCUUCAACCACGCAAACAACAUAGUCUCCAGUGAGCCAGUCAACAUACAGGUGCGGUUGGCGUUGUGGAAGAAGAUUGUGAUCGGCAGCUUCUGUCUGCUCGCGGCCUCCGUCCUGGUGCUAGUGUGUGUCCUCUGCUUCAAGUCUCACAGAGGUAAAAAGCAAGGAGCCUCUGAACUGUCAGUAAAGCCUGCACAACCUAAAUCAGAUGAGGCUCUAACAUUGAAUAUAACCCACGAGACUCCAGUUUAUGACACGCCCCCAGACGCAGUGCGAGGCUAUGAAGGCCUAGAGGGGAGAGUGACCAAUGGGACGAGAGCUACCACCAGAGCAGUGGACAGAACCACAGUCAGUGUCUGGACAGAAAGACCACCACAAGGUAGUGAAGAGAACAGCGUAAUGUCCAACGAGCCGGAUGUUGAGUACACUGAAGUGGUGCAUCCUCGCUCAGCAGAUCCAGCCAGAGCAAAGAAAACUUUUUCACAGAGGGACAAAUAA